AACGCUUUACAACACUACUCAACACUCUACGCCCACCAUGCCAAGCAACAUCUCGCCCUAUUACAUUCAUUAACAGCGCCAUCGCGGUAUAUAAUACUGCCGCAUUCCAUUGAUUUGGCCAAGUCACGCACCGCCUAUUCCUGACGCUGUGCUCUUUCUAAUCCCUCACCAAUACCCGACCGUACACUUUCAGAUAUUUCUCUCUAGGAUCACGUUCAGAGAUCUGUAAAUGCCGGUCAGAUGCAAACGAUUGAUAAGAACGCUGAAUAACGGGAGAAUUCCGUCAUGUGAUGCUAGUCUACAUAUAUCUCGCGAAAUCUCUCUCACUCCUGUUCUUUCGAUCUUCGACGAUUCAUUCUUCUCUUCUCCUGAUAUCUACUACUGUAACCUCUCGCAAUGGCCAACCCUACUGUCCGAGUCGGCGACGUAGUCCCCACCGGUACGUUCUGGUAUGUCCCAUACACUCCCGAGACAGACGAUCUCGCUGCUUGUGGUGUCCCUACGAAGAUCAGUACAGAUGCAUGGAAGGGCAAGAAAGUUGUCCUGAUCUCUGUUCCUGGAGCUUUCACUCCAACCUGCCACGCCAACCAUCUGCCGCCAUACAUUCAGAAAUACGACGAAUUCAAAGCAAAGGGUGUUGAUCAGAUUGCUGUCGUCACCGCCAAUGAUGCCUUUGUGAUGAGCGGAUGGGGAAAGGCUUUGGGAUUCAAGGAUAAGUCGCAACUGACUGAGACAUUCCCACAGAUUCUUCCCCUGUCAGAUCCCACAGCAGCCUGGACCUCCCAACUCGGUCUCUCCGUCGAUCUUUCCAAGGCAAACGAGCUCGGUCUCGGCCUCCGAACUUCCCGUUUCGCACUCAUUCUUGAUGAUCUCAAGAUCACCUACCUUGGUGUCGAGCCGGCCCGCGGUGUCACCGUCUCAGGCGCCGACGCUGUACUAGCUGCUCUCUAAUGCCGCUAGCUUCCAAGUGUUCACAGACUAUCGCAUUGAGGGCGAAGCUAAAUUGAUGAUAUAGAAGGACAUAGUCGGGGUAAUCGUAGCGGAUUGAUUCAGACCCGUAGAAAUUCAGCUCUUUGUAAACUAUCGUACUAGAAAUGUAAAGUAUGUUGUCGGUAUAUAUGCGUGUCUCGACGC